GUGGGGAGGAGGGUGGAGACUCAGGAAAAGAAUAACCUGAGAUGAACUGAGUCAGGCUGCCCCUGAGCCUCUGGUCUUUGGGUUCCCAGGAACAUCUCAAUCCUUCCAUCUUCUCUGGAGCAGCUUAGGGUAGUGGUGAAACUAGUCUUGAAAAUCAGGAUCGGUCCCGUUUCCCCAGUGUUGAAGAUUAAACAACCGAGAAGCACCGAGGCAGAAGAAAAAAGUUUUAUUUGAGGGGUAGAAGAGAGAGAGACUCCUCCAGAGAGGAGGGGUUCUAAAGCUGGUGCCCCCUAGGAAUUGGGGUGUCCUGCCAAUUUUAUACAUUUUAGGUUUCCUUUCUGCUCAUGCCCCUUCCUCCUCUUAUCUUGCCUGUGAGAUCAAAAGGUGCGGUGACCAAGGAUCUGGAAAGGAGCUGCCCAAGGGACAUCCAUUAACCACUCCUUGCUGGGAAGAACAAUCCCCUGUAGGCAGGUGACUUUGGCAGCUGGUUGGAGAAGGGGAAGAUGGGCGUGAACAUAACCCGCAGCAACAAGGAGACCGUUAGGCACAGUGAUGUCCUGUUCCUGGCUGUGAAGCCACACAUCAUCCCCUUUGUCCUGGAUGAGAUUGGGGCCAGUGUACAGGCCAGGCAUAUUGUGGUCUCCUGUGCAGCCGGUGUCACCAUCAGCUCUGUGGAAAAGAAGCUGAUGGCGUUCCAGCAGGCCCCCAAAGUGAUUCGCUGCAUGACCAACACACCUGUGGUGGUGCGGGAGGGUGCCACAGUAUAUGCCACUGGCACCCACGCCCUGGUGGAGGAUGGGCAGCUCCUGGAGCAGCUCAUGAGCAGUGUGGGCUUCUGCACUGAGGUGGAAGAGGACCUGAUCGAUGCCAUCACGGGCCUUAGCGGCAGUGGACCUGCCUAUGCGUUCAUGGCCCUGGAUGCAUUGGCAGAUGGUGGGGUGAAGAUGGGUGUGCCACGGCGACUCGCAGUUCGAUUAGGAGCCCAGGCCUUACUGGGCGCUGCCAAGAUGCUACUGGAUUCAGAGGACCAUCCAGGCCAGCUCAAGGACAAUGUGUGCUCCCCUGGCGGGGCUACCAUCCAUGCCCUGCACUUCCUAGAGAGUGGGGGCUUCCGCUCUCUGCUUAUCAAUGCAGUUGAAGCUUCCUGUAUCCGAACACGAGAGCUGCAGUCCAUGGCUGACAAAGAAAAGAUCUCUCCGGCUGCCGUUAAGAAGACCCUCCUAGACAGAGUGAAGCUGGAGUCUUCCACAGUGUCCACACAAACCCCCUCCAGCCCAGGAAAGCUCCUGACAAGAAGCCCAGCCCUGGGAGGCAAGAAGGACUAAGGCAUCAUCUGCCUUCAUGUCUGUGAUCCCAGAGCUCUUGCCUGAUGGGUCUUGACCCCUAUUCCCUCCUCCAGCUGCAGGAGGGGCCAGCUCAGGUGGUUUCAGGUCCCUCUGAUAAACUCCUUAGAUCUAUUCAGACUAAGCUGCACUAGUUGCCUCUCCUGUGCCAUGGGGGAAGAUGCUCUGAGGGGUGGUGGUCAAUGCUGGAAGCCAGAUACAUCCCUGUACACCUCUGCUCAUAGAGUGGCUGAUCCCUGAGUCAGUGCUUAGCUGAGGGGGAAGGUCUGGGGAGGACUUCAGUUGGUGUCCUUCUGGAGUUUGAUAUCAAGACAAAGAAGCAAGAAAAAAAAAAAAAACAUGAAAGGCCCAUCUGAAUUGAUACAUGGAAAGGAAAUGAGCAAUUUAAAAUUAUUACAGUUAAUCAGAAGUGUGUGGUAUUAGGAGCUUGGGUGUAGUUCAGUGGUAGAGAAUUUGACCAGAAAUGGUGAGGCCCUGGGUUCCAUCCCCAGCAUCACAAAAAGAAUUUUAAAAAAGAAGUGUGUAGUAUUAGAUAAUGCUUAUAUUUAACUAUAGCUUCAGAGAUGUGCCAUUUAGAAAGUGUUAUUCAGUGCUAAGUGCUUUAAUAAAGUUUAUUUUAUAUUA